AUGCCUGUGACCGAGAUCUAUAUCCUCCGCCAUGGCCACCGGCUCGCCUGGUCCUUGAACCCGAGGACCGGCCAGUACACGUCCAAUCACCCGUUCCCGACACGUCUCCCCGCAGACCCUCCCCUGGCGUCGCAUGGCGUGCGUCAGGCGCAGGAGACCGCCGCACACUUCAGCGAAGCGUUCGCCGAUCUGAUCAGGCACGACCGGUUGCGGGUGUACUCCAGCCUGUUCUACCGGUGUCUCGAGACGCUCCACCCGGCGAUGGAGGCCCUCCUCGAUCAAGUGCCGGCGACCGACGUCAAGAGAAGGAGAAAUCUACAAGUGCGCGGCGAGAGAGGGCUGGGCGAGUGGUUCGGCCGGGCCUGGUUUACGCAGCCUCGACCCGCGGAUCCUCAAAGACUCCGGAACGAUUUCUUCCCCUGGCUGGACGAGACCUAUGAAUCCCGUGUCAUCCCUUCGGAGAACGGGGAGCGUAUUCACGAGCUGCAUGACCGUGUGGCGCGGGCGCUAGCACGCGUCAUCCAGGACGUCGACGAGGAGUAUGCCCAAGCUGGGAGGGGAGACGAAGAAGUGACGGUGUUAAUGUGUGGCCAUGCCGCGCCGAUCAUUGCGAGCGGGCGGGCGUUGACGGGGGAGGUGCCCGAGGAUUGGGAUGAAGAGGACUUCCGGUGCUUUACCUGCGGAAUCAGCAAGUUUGUGCGACGGAAACUGCCUCCUCCUUCUGGCGUCCAAAAAGAGGCCGACGAGGACUACUCCUACCACGACGAGGACUGGAGGAAUAAUGGUACGGGCGUUGCGGGGGGGUGGGAUUGUAUCUGGAACAGCAGUUGCCAUCACCUGAGUCAGGGCGAGGAGAGAGGGUGGCACUUCCACGGUGAUGAGAGUUUCGAUUCUUAUGAGGAUUUGGAGGGCAAAGGGGUCAAGACGUCGGACGGAGGUAUCCCUCAGUCCAAAUUAUAG